GCCAGGCCCCGCCCCCACGCGGCCGCGAGGAGGAGGAGGCGGAGGAGGAAGAACCGGAACAGCUGCGACAGCGGGGGGGGAUGGGAACGCCCCCCCCCAGGAUGGCCGAGGGCUGGGCCGACUGCCCCGCGCUGGGCCCGGGGUGGCAGCGCCGCGAAGCCUUUCGGAAAUCGGGGGCCACGAGCGGCCGCAGCGACACCUACUACAGGAGCCCCACAGGGCAGAAGUUCCGCAGUAAGAUCGAGCUGAGGCGGUACCUGGGCCCCGGCCACGACCUGAGCAACUUCGACUUCAAAUCGGGGCUGGAGCGGGCUGGGACCCCCCGGACCAGGAAAGGCCCCAAAUGGCGCCUUCCCGUGGGGCGCCCCCUGAAUCCCCCUGAGACCCCCCGGGAGGAGGAGGAAGAGGGGGGCGGGGCUGAGGCCGAGGAGGCCCCGCCCCUGCUGGUCCAGGCCCCGCCCCUGGCCCCCCCUGCAGUGGCCACGCCUCCUCCUCCCACCGAGCCCACGCCCCUGAUUACUGUGGCCCCGCCCCCACCCACCGAGGCCCCGCCCCCACCGGAGCCCCCCGUUGUGCGCAGGACCCGCAAACGGAUCCCCCCGGAGCCCCCCCAGGACGGGGCUGUGGUUCUCUGUGCCGGCUGCCAGAGCCUCUUCCCGGGGGUGUCCCUGCCCCCCCAGCGCCGCUGCCGCUGGCUCUGCCCCGACUGCCGCGCCCAGAGACGAGACUUCAACCGAGAGCAGCGGUUCUACAAGCGGGUGGGCUGUGGCUCGUGCCAGGCCUGUCGCAUCCCCGAGGACUGUGGCAUCUGCAGCGCCUGCACCCGCAGCCCCCCCGGGGGGCCCCCCGGCCCCGCCUGGCCCCACAAGUGCCUCCUGCGCCGCUGCCUGCGCAUCGUCAAGAAGGGCCUGGGCUGUGGCUCCUGUCCCGGCUGUCUCAGCACCGAGGACUGCGGCAGCUGCUGCAUCUGCCUGCGGCGGCUCCAGCCCGGCCUCAAGCGCCAGUGGCGCUGCCUGAGGCGGCGCUGCCUCCGCCCCAAGAAAUCGAGGGCAGCCAAGAAGACCCAGAUGCCCCAGGCCCUGACGGAGAAGUGGAAGCCCUCCAUGAAGCAGGAGCCCAGCGACAACCCCAGCACCAGGCACAAGAAGCCGCUGACCAAGGGCAAGGAGAAGAAGAAGCCCGGCCGACCCCCAAAGCCCCCCGGGCCCCGGCGGGGGGUGAGGAGCAGGGCCAGCCGGCGCUGUGGGGUGUGUGCGGCCUGUCGGCGCCCGGCCGACUGCGGCCGCUGCGACUUCUGCCAGGACAAGCCCAAGUUCGGGGGGCAGAACCUCAAGCGCCAGAAGUGCCGCUGGAGGCAGUGCCUGCGCUGUGCUAUGGUCAAGGAGGACCCUCUGGGGGGGCCUGAGCAGGGCCCUGGACCCCUCCCAGGCCCCCCCCUGCGCCUCUGUCCCAUCAAGGAGGAGGUGGGGCCCCUCCCGCGCCUCGAAGUGAGACCCCCCGGCCGCCUGGGACCCCCCCUGGAGAUGUGGGGACCCCCACCGACCCCCCCUGCCCCCCAAGACCCCCAGCUGGGGCUCCUCAUCGCCUCGGCCCCCCGGCUCAAAGGGGCCCCCCCGGAGCCCAGCGUGGCCCCCCCGCCGCCCCCCCCCGGGGAUCUGGGGGUCCUGAUCGCCGCCACCCCCCGCGUGAAGCAGGAGCAGCCCCAGCCCAGCGCGUCCCUGGUGCCGGUGCCUCCCCGGCCCCCCCCGGCCCCACUGGUGGUGCUGAGUGAGAGUGAGGAGGAGGAGGAAGAGGAGGAGGAGGGAGGAUGCCGAGUGGCGCUGCCGCUGCCGCCGGCACCACCCCCGCCCUGGCCGGGCUCGUUCCUGGAGGAGCUGCUGGAGAUCCCCCUCCCCGCGCACUGGGGGGUGGUGGGGGGCGGCCCGGGGGGGGGCCGGGGGCUGCGGCUGGUGCAGCGCUGUCCUCGCUCGCCCAUGGCCGCGGCCGCCGUGCUGCUCAACCCCGGGCUCGCCUUCCGCGUCCUGGUGGCCCGGGGGCGGCCGGUGCCCCCCGGGCACGAGGUGCUGGCCCGGAGACCCCCCCUGCGCUCCGUCCUCGACCUCGUGGAGCUGCUCUGUGACCUCGAGGCCUACGGGCCCUGCCCCGGCCCCCCCGGGGGCCCCCCCGGGCCCCGCUGCCACGUCCUGGUGAGGGGGGGUCGCUGCUGCCGGCCCUGCCUGGCCACGGGGGGGGACUGAGGGGGGAUUGGGGAGGGGGGACCAAAGGGAGGGAGAGGAUUUGGGGGGAGGGGGGGUUGUGGGGGGAGGAAUCCGGGGAAUAAAUUGGGAAGGUGGAUCUCUGGGGGAGGGGCAAAGUGGGCACAGAGUUGGGGGAGGCCCAUGGGAAAGGAACCGAAAUUGGGGGAGGUGGAAAUGAUAGAGGAAGGAAUUGGAAUUGGGGUGAAGGGAAUGGGGGAGGGGUGAAAUUUGAAGGGGGAAGAAAACAAGGGAGCUGAAAGUGGGGGGAGCAAAGGUUGAGGGAUGUGGGGGCAGGGGGGAGGAUUUGGGUGUUGCACCUUUGGGAUGGGGAGUGCAUUUGGGGAUGGACCUGGAGGGAGUGUGGUAGGGGCAUUGGGGGUCCUCGGGGGGGUCUAAGGUUAAACCCCCAUCCCCUCUGUGGGAUCCAGGACCCUCCUGUGGGGGUCAGGGGGACUCCAAAGGGGUGACACCCCCAUUUUGGGGACCUCCCUCCAGCCCCUCCCCCAGUGACCCCUCAAGGCUGAGGGACCCCAGAAGUGGCAUUUUUGGGUGGCACCACCCCACGUUUGGGAGGGGGGCCCAGUUUGGUACCACCCCUCGGUACCACCCCUCGUUUGGUUUCCCAGGGAUUUUGGGGUGCCCCUAGCACCCGUUUUUUGGGGGUUCCCCCCCACCACCCCAGUUUGGGGACAUCAGGUUUAGGGGGGCCCCAGAAGUUCUUUUGUUGCCCCAGUUCCCCCCAGUGCCAAACUGGGGCCCCUCCCCCACCCCCAGAGUUUCUAUUUUUGACACUGGAACCGCCCCCCCGGAAUUGGGGGCGCGGCCCCUUUAAGACCCCGCCCCGUAGAGGUUUAAGGUGGACCCCGCCUGUUGCGCGGCCCCAUUAAGGUGGGGGUGUGGUUCAGUUAAGCCCCACCCCUCGGCUUAGGCCCCACCUACGCGUGUCUUCCGCCUGCUGUGACCCUGUAGACCACGCCCUGUUCUAUUGAGGAGGGGCGUGGUCUGUACCCCUUGGCCCCGCCCCCCGCGCUGCUUUCAGGGAUUCGCGCCGAAGCCAUAACCCCGCCCCCUCCUUGUCCCCGCCCCCUCAGCAGAAUUAAAGAGACCGCGGUGAAUUAUUUUUGUUAAAAGUAAUAAAAGUUUUAAGGAGAGCAAACGGA